AUGAGACUUCCGCUCGAGACUCUUCUCCUAAUUGUGCACCUCGUUCAUCUCACCACCGCCGUGCCCGUGCCCGUUGCUCGCCGUAGCACAUCGUUUCGCGCCCUCCGUGGCUUGACGCCACUGGUCAACUCCUUCUCCAACGGCCACACGUACAAACACGCACCUACAAAGUACUUUUACGAAUCCACGUUCAAUUCGCACUACGAUGGGCGCUUUGCCUCUGCCGAGCUUCCCUUCCGGGAACGGGUAUGGAAUCUACGGCUGAUGCUCAAAGCAUAUACAGAGACAAUGGACCAGAUUGGAAUCCAAACAUGGAUCAUGCACGGGUGUCUGCUUGGGUGGUGGUGGAACGGCGGUCUCAUGCCAUGGGACAAAGACCUCGACUUUCUCGUCGAAGAAGAAGGCAUGCAAGAGCUAGGCGAAUGGUGGAACAUGACCGUCCACCACUUCCCCGCCGCCUCUCUCGGCCUCGACGACGCCCGCUCCGCCGAAAGCAACCGCUGGGCCAGCGAGCGUCACGCCGCGCAAGACGACGAGUCGGACCCCAAAGAAGACGACACCGCCCGCUCCAAGCGCCUAGCCUGGGAACAAGAAGUGCAUGAAAACGGCAAGAAAUACCUGCUCGAAGUCAACCCAAACUACAACAACAAAUCCACAUCAGACAAGUACAACCUCAUCGACGCCCGCUGGAUCGACACCUCCAACGGUCUCUACAUCGACAUCACAACCCUCCACAUCGCCCCCCUUUCUUCCGCCCAAGAAUCCGACCUUAACAACAACAACGAAGACGACCCUUUCUCCCUUACCCCAUCCUUCACAACCCACCCCUCCCCCCACGAACCAGACCCAUACUCUGAAGAAAUCCAACUCUACGUCAAAGACACACACGCCUACCUCUCCUCGCAAAUAUACCCCUUACGCACUUCCUACCUCGAAAAAGUGGCCAUCAAAGUACCUUUUGCCUACGAAGAAGUUCUCCUAGAAGAAUAUGGUAGCGAGGCGCUCACCGAGAGUUGGUAUAAUGGGUAUGCGUUUGAGAGCGAGAAGGGGGUGUGGGUUGAGCGGAAUCCGUCGCUUGAAGAGGCCAGGUAUUUUAGGGCCAAGUCGGGGAGGAUGACAGGGAGGAGUGCGGGGACGGGGAGGAUUGGGCAUGGGUGGAUGGGGGAGGGGAGUUUGGGGAGUGCUGUGGAGGGGGAGGGGGGUGCAUGA